GCGCGGUGCGGGGUACUCGGGCAUGGCUGGCGCUCAGUGCGGCUGUCUCUUCUGCAGAAGGAGUGCCUGCUAAGGCAGGAAGAGGAAUCUGGUUGAAUUAAGCACAAAACCAGGCGGGAGGUGAGGAAGUUAGAAAGCAGCGUGAACUGUGGCUUCAGCUUGUAGGCUGAAGAAUGAUGGCUACCUUCAAUAAACUCAAUCUGGGUGUUGGUGUUAGCAGUUUUGCUAUAUUUCAACUUUCCUUCCAUUUGCUAAGUUCUUGGAUUUCUGCACGUGUAACUUCUGGUUUUAAUAACCUUGACCAAAAGAAGAAGAUCGAAUGGAAUUCAAGGACAGUAUCUACAUUCCACGCCUCGGUGGUUGGAGCAUUUUGUUUGUAUAUUUUAUUAUAUGAUGAAGCUGUUAAUGCUGACCACGUUUGGGGUGAGCCUUCUACAGUGCAACUAAAUCUUGCUAUUACUUCAGGCUACCUCAUUUCAGAUUUGCUGCUUAUUAUUUUUUACUGGAAGGCGAUUGGGGAUAUAUAUUUUAUAAUUCACCAUUUAGUAGCUCUGUACGCUUACUACUUUGUACUGGAUAGAGGAUUGUUGGCAUAUUUUGCUAAUUUUCGCCUACUUGCAGAAUUCUCUACUCCUUUUGUGAAUCAGCGGUGGUUCUUUGAUGUACUGGGGUAUUCCAAGGCUUCAAAAGCCAACAUCAUCAAUGGACUACUAAUGACAAUCGUGUUCUUCCUGGCAAGGAUCAUAGUCAUCCCAGUUUAUUAUACCAAUGUUGCUUCUGAGGUUGGAACAGAAGCUUUCUACAAAUUAGGGCUUGCAGCUCAAAGCGCCUGGUUUAUCUCCAGCAUUGUCUUGGAUAUCAUGAACUUAAUAUGGAUGGUCAAAAUUACAAAGGGAUGUUACAAAGUUAUUUGUCUUAUUGGACAAGGAGAAGCCAAAGCACAUAAGAAUGGCAAAUCUAAGUAGAAGAUUUAAAAAAAAAACAGUAGCUUUGGGUUCACUGAAAGAACAAUGCACACUUCUGCCAUAAAAAGAGCCUCUUAAGGAAAUAAGGUAUUACCUCUGAUAAAUUUAGCUUUCCCUUUGACCCACUUGCCUGGGCAUCCAGGACCAACUCAUUUGAAGACUUGCAUUAUGUGGAGUGGGAAACAAUAACAUGCUGCAUUUAUUGACCUUGGUAGUGUAUUCUAAGCACUUAAAAGACAAAUGAACCAGUAAAGGAAUCUCUUCUAGCACUACGUUCCUAUGAAUUUUCACUCAGGUUUCUUAGAUGUGUUUUUAAUGCCUGUGAAUGUCAGGAUCAUUGGUUUACGUUCUAAUAUGGCAGCUUUCCUGGCAUGUUUCUCUGCUUUCUUAAUGUUUGCUGUUCCUAACUGAAACUUCAUCUUUUGACAACUUUUUAACAUAUUUUGCAAGUCUCUUGCUUUGAAUCUGUAAUCUUUUACUGCAUUUUCUGCUGCCUUAUGUGCAUGCACAUGACCGUUUGAGAUUUAUAGAGCAAUUUUACAUAAAGCUAUCAAUUAGAGUUUGGGGUUUCUUUUCUCUUUUAAAAUAUCACUACUGACUCUUGCUGUACAUAAAAGAUAUUUUCAACCUUUAAUUAAGUAUCUGAAUUCCAACACAUGUUAGCAUGGUAAACAGUAUGGAGAUGAGCAAAUUCUUGUGUCAGUGUUCCUUCCCUUUCAUGGUGGUUUGGACCUUGUAUGUUUUUAGUGUAGUGUCAUAUAUCUAAAUGAUUUUUGUGGAGUGUAAACUAAUGAAGGGAAGAAAAUUUAGAAUAUAUGUAUUGUUACAAGAACCAUUGUGCAUAAGUUUAACUUGUUACUGAUCAAUUCAUUUGCAUCCUUGAUCCUUUUUUCCUUUAAUGCAAAAUCAAAGAAAUAGCUCAUUGCUUCACCAAGCAGCAAAAUGUUUUUAAAACCAGAUCUUUUAUCUACGAAACUUGAGAGCAGCUCCACAAAACAUACCUUGAUGCAGGUUUUCAUCUUUAAAGGAAACCUUCAACAUUGUUCAUCUCUUGACAGAUAUUUGCAAAAGCAUGUUGUUGAUGAAUUCAAAAGAUUGUACCCAGUACGCCUCUAGUGGAAAAUGUACAAGAGAUUUUAUUGCACUAGCACAACUAUGAGCAUAAUAAUUAGCACAAUUAAGGCUAGGUUAAUGAAGUCAUAAUAACUUGUGCAAUAACUCGUGCAAUAGUUUGUCAGACAACGUGUGCAAAGUGUGCAAUAUCAUGCACAAAGAAUCAAAAUACUGAAUUGUUGUAUAAGCUUUGUGCUAGCAGAAUAGCACCAUUAGAUACAACAGUGAAAAGGAAACAUUUGUAAGAAAAACAUGAUUGAAAACCUGCUUGUUUACAUACAUUUUAUACUAUUGUGUGCUCCAGUUUGUUAAGGUUUCCCAUAUUUAUUAUUUGUAUUUAUCGUAAUGUAUCGAAGACCAUGUGUCAUAAUUUGCUGCUAAUACUCUGUUCCUUUUCACAUUGGUGAUACAAAUAUGGAGGAACAAGCUAUUUUCCUGUAACUAGUUUCAUGGCCUUAUUGUGUGCUAUUUCUUUCUACUGCUGUUCUUUAGCAAUGCUUCAUGCACAAGACUAUUCUUCAUCUAAAACUUACGAAUACUAAACUUGAGCUACUACAUAAAGUAGACUUAAUGUUAAUAUAAAAAGCAUUUUCCCCCUUCUCUCAAGAGCAUGUGUAUCUCUUUAUGGCUUGGUAGAUGUUGUUGGGUUCACAAGAUUACAUUGACGUUCAUCAGUUUAAGUCAUAUUUAUCUCAUAACAUUAAAACAACCUACUUCUGAUCUUUGCAUUAGAAUUGUAGUAGCUUGAGUAUAAUAAUAUAAAUACAGAGACCCUAUCCAGUCAUGCAUGUGUAGACUUGCAUGUGUGAAAGAUCACAUUUUAUAUGCUACAAAUAACAUGUUUUAAAUCUCAAGCUGUUUCUCGGUGGCACCAUUUGACACACUCAGCUCUGAUUCUUUAGCGAUUAAUGAUCAAGUGAUGUACUUGUAUGUGUCAAUCAGUUAUACUUAUUUUCUAAAUGAACGGUCAUAAUUCUGUUUCCUGAGCACCUUUUCCUGUGUAGAAGAGUCUAGAAACUAAAUUACACAUAUCCACAUUUUUAAAAAUGGCAAUGAACAACAAUUUAUACUUUGGAUGCAAUUUAGGGUGUAGUCCGAUGCCCUGCAUUCUCAGUACAUGUAACCCUCUGAAUUUGAAGACAUCUGUGCAUCCUUUGCCUUGGAUGAAGAAUGGCGGUACUUAUCUCUGUUGUUGCUAUGCCUUGCACCAGGUGUUUUAUCUAAAUGGCCAUUUUCAGCUGCCCAGAAAAAUGCUAGUGAGGAAAAAGGAAGGAGGCUGAGAUGCUGAUAGGGAUCUGUCCAAGUCUUCAACCCAGCCUCCUCCCUUCUCCUCCCUCUAGCAUGCCCAUGUCCUUCCCUCUGGGGAAGGGGAGAGACUGUGCCCUUGCUGGGGAUCAGCUGGCACAAUUCUUUCCGUGCCAGUGGUAACAGGGCAGGGCAGGUGUUGGUCUUCAGAGUCCCAGGUCUGAGAUUGUAGGAUCUCAGAGCUAGGAAUCUGAAGAAUCCUGUGACCUCCCAGACAAUGUCCGGAGGCUGUGGGAUUGCAUCCUUAAUCCUCUUAAGUUGAAUGGCUUCUUUCAUUGUCAAGUGCCUUCUUUCAUUGUCCAGUGCAUUUGUUAUCCGUAAAUUAACGGCUGUUGAGGUCUUCUCAUGGUCUCUGCAUCAUAUGCCUGGGCUCUCUGUCUGCACAGAGCCUCCACGAAACUUCUAUAGUUGAGGAGCAUUGGCAGCAACUCUUCCCGGCAUAUAAUGUGCAUUGAGUUUCUAUCUACUUUCUUAGUACCUCUUCCACCAGGAUUAAAGAAGCUUCUGUCUGUUGGACUGUGAUUUUUACAGAGGUUCUUUGUCUUGUUUUCAUUUUGAUCUUUCUCUCUCUCUCUCAUUUUUUGUGUAGCAUGGGGUCACAUGGGGUCCAUCAUUCCUAUUUCAUAACUGUGCUCAUCACCAGGCAUUUAUGAAAUAGGAAUGAUGGAAUCCAUUUGAUAGCACCUGUGCUGGAAGCAGUGGAACUUCAAAAACUAUGGCUUGUGCAUGUUCUCUUUCUCUCGUUUGUUCAUUGGUGGCAGCAAUAAGGCCUCUCACAUUGCCUGAUCCAUCUGUGGUAAAAAGCAAACUCCAGGGGGCUUCCUGACUCAGUGGCCAAAAAGCUGGCCAAAAAGAUUCAGACACCUAAGGCCUCGACAAGCUUUGAAAAGUAAAAGGAGUGAAAAAAACCUUCCUAAAUUACAAAAGAUAUGAAAUAGUAGCCUAAUGUUUUGCAUUGAGAGUAAACUUCUGGAAAAUUUAUUGGUACCAAUGCAUAAUAAUGGGAAUAACCUUGAAAGUUCUUGCUUCUGUUUAGAAAGAUACACUGUACGUAUCCUCAGACCACAGGCUCACACACUUUCAGUGCUUUAAGUCUCUCCUCCUUAUUUUGGAACUGAGAAAAUGAUCUGCUUAUCUAUUUAUGUACAGUUGUGGCUCAUAAGCAACUAGCAAGAUACAAUUAGUGUAAAAAGAAAGGUUUUUUAAUAUGCUGCAAAUCAAAGCACCCUGGCAUUAGGCCAUUUAUAGUAUCUGCAAGUACCCUUCAAACUGUUGGCAAUAAUUAUUUACAGAUCAAAUAAUUGUAUGUACAUUAUUGCUUGUAUCAAAAUGGUUUCUUAAAGUGCAAUUCUAUGCAUGCAUAAACAGAAAAAAGUCUUCCAACCCCCAGCAUUCUGGACAGUUCCAAGCUGGGGAAUUCUGGGUGUUGAAAGCCAUUUUUAUGUCUAAAUAUGCAUAGGAUUAAGACUGAAGGUUCUUCACAUUGCACUUUGCAUCUCAGGGCUGUAAAUUGGGAACUGCUGUUUAUCUAGUUCUCAGAUUAAUAUAGGCUGUAUGGAUUUAGCUUUUCAUUUGGCAACAUUGUCAUGUUAUAGAGAGCCACACAAAAAAUCCACAUUUCCCCCUCUUUCCAUUAUUUACAUGGGAAAAAGUUCAUAUUCUUAGAAUUAAUAGAAGUCCUAAGUAUUAAAUAUUAAGAAGUAACAAAUGCUCAUGAAUAUUCUCAGUUCCAUUAAAGUGUCAGUCCUAGAUGCCAGCCUUCACCAACCAGGUGUUCUUUAGAAGGAUGGCAGGGGGAUGAUGGGGGUGAUACUCCCAACACAUUUGGAGGGUAUCAGGUUAGAGAAGGGUGUAUAUGUGCUCACCUCAGAGAAAGUCCCAUUGAACUCACUAGGGCUUACUUAAGAGUACUGUGUGUGUAUUGUUUUUCUUGCAAACAAACAGAUAAUUUCAUUUUUAAAUAAUAAAUGAUACUUCAUCUCAGUAAAAGGUAUUUUUUAUCAAUAGGUGUUAACAUGAAAAAUUGGGGUCCUAAGUCACAAAAUACUUUCCAGCAUUAUGUGUUCUUAGUUUGUUCUGUAAUGCCAUUCUUCUGCUCUAACUGUAAAAUCUGUCUACUGGAUCUUAUGAGCUUUAUAGUGUUUCAUGUGCAAUUGGGCAUACCUUCACAUGAGCUUUAUAGUGUUUCAUGUGCAAUUGGGCAUACCUUCACAAUAUUAAAAAAGCAGUGCAGACCAGGCCUCUGACAUAAUUCCAUCUUUUCUUUAUGAAUAUACCUGUGGAGGAAAUUUGUUUUCCAGAGUAUACCAGGUUCUGAAUAUGGGUAAAGCUGAUAUGAAGACCAAAGACAAUUUUGGAGCCUGAUGGUUUGUAUAUAUGCUUCUGGACUAACUAUCUGCUUCCAAAAGUGGCUUUUUUCU